AUGCCGCCACCCCUGUCGCGCCGCGAACAGCAGCUGAUAUCCUCGCCUUCAUCGCGUGAGUGCCAAACUCCCUCCCAAUGCAGCAGGAAGCUCCUGCCGUUGGCAGACCUGCGCUAUCCGCACGGCAAGGGCAGCGGUGCUGGCGCUGGUGAUAUCAAACGGCAGUUCCGUCUUGGUGGUAGGAACGCUAGCAUAGACAACGCAAGCUCCGCAUCGGCGAGUGCGUCGGGACUGCCGGGGUUGGCGGCGGUGGCUGUCGUGUCGCCGUCGCCUGAGCUCUUCCUGGCCGCCUCUAGUGAAGCGCUGGAGACGGUGGCCGUGUGCGACAACGAGAAGACUCAGGCAAUGCACAGCGACGCGGCCUUUCCUGUCGCCGCCGUCACACCUACCGCGGCAGCCCGGCCUGUAAAGUCCUUAGUCGUCAGCCCCUCCGCCACGCCCGUGUCGCUCAAGUCGUCCUCGUCAGUGGCUGCAUCGGCAUCCCUGAGCUACUCCUCGAAGCCGGUAAUCCGGUCUACGGCCAUGCCGACGGAAGAGGGCCGCAUCCUGCCACCACCAGCCGCGGCGACGUCCCGGGAAGGCGCGUAUCUUGAGAGCCGUGUAAGCUACCCAUACAAGGGUUCCAGAGCGAUGGCCACCUUCGCCAUCGCUGACCCCGCGCCCGCACCCUCCCCGCAUGUGGACUCGCCCGACCAAGGCGGAUCAGCAGCCACCACCACCGCACCGCUGCUUCGUCAGCAGGAAAGUCAAAUCUCCGUGUCCGGCAGCACGCCGAGAACACCUUUGAUUUGUCAAGACCGGCUCUCGCCAGCAGCAGGGGCGAUGAGACCAACCAAUGCCCAAGUGAACCCCCUCUCGUACCUCGCUGCUGCCUCCGUAGCAGAAGCAUCGGCAGCGGCCACGACGUGCACAACACGUGCAACUGUCAAGGACGUCGCCUCUUCCUCUGUCGCCCUCACCGCACACUCCACCGACUACGGCAGCAGAACGGACAGCAUCCAUGGCACUCUGAGCCGCGAGGCUAGUGAGGCGCCGGUCUUUGAACGUGCGCCUCAGCAGCAGGCACCAUCGUGCCCCCCUCGCACACCUGGGUCUUUCGCCACCGCUGCUGCCACAUACCCCACGACCGCCGCCGGCGCCGGAAACCGAGACGACGGCAGUGACAUUGAUAGCACGCCACCUCGGCUGAUCACCUCGGUGGGGUCUCCACUGCUUGUCCCACUCGCAGUGUCGGAGACAUCGACAGAAAGAACGCGCAGCAUCCCUGCAGGCUCCACCGACUCGCUCUGCGUCUACGGAGCACUGCCGCCGCCCUUCCCUCGCGUACUAUCGGACGCCACCAGAUCCGGCAGCUCAGCGCCAUUCUCGCGCGUAGCGGUGACCCCACGAACCGGGGUGGUCAUGGACGUGGUGGGCUACGUAGAGUGCGGGUGCGACACGUUGUGGCGCACCCUCGCGCGGUUUUUCGCGGCCGUGUUUCUCCCGCACAUUUUCUUGUGGCAUGCCGUCCCAGUCCUGAUCCCGCAGCUGGCGACGACCGCCGCAGCGGGAGCAGCGGCCCCGCUGCGCGUGCACCUGCACGCCGUGGCGCGCAACCACCCAGAGGUGGCCUUGUUCGCGCUGCAGCUGUUCGUUGCAGGGGUUAUGCUCUGGAGUCUCGUGCGCUACCGUCAGCUCAGCACUGGGCAGCGAUCUCAAAGGCGCCACAGCCUGUACGGUGGCCUCCAUCUUAACAGCACAUCGCUUGCCGCGAAGCCCAGCAACGCCGGUGUCGGUCCGGCAUCCGCGGCAGCGGCUCGGAUCGCUGCGGAGUGGUGCACAGUCCACCUUCCCACCGCCACCACCAAGAAGUACGUCGACAAGGCGGAGUCACCGUCGACGUCGAAUCAGAUGGCGGGCAUGCGGCUCUUGUCAUCAGCGAGAGGACUGCGUCUGCGGCCGCUGCGCAGCCCCGGCGCUGGCGGUAUCGGCAGCGGACUGAACAGCUGCGGCGUCCAUGGCAGCAGCAACAGUCUGAGGAGCAGCGGCCAUGCGCAUCGCAUCGUCCCUCAUUCUCCCGUGCCGGUGCUACAGCUCCCGCUGAAGUCACUCAGUGGGGUUCGGAGUGCGGCGACGACGGCAACACAAGCAGCAACCUCAGGGAGUUCGACACCUGUGCGAGAUCCCGCGAACGGUAGCUCCUGCCCUUCGGAGCCUGGCGGCACCGUGCGCCACUUAGGUGGCAGGAGCCUUAGCGGCGGGAUAGUCAGCGACUCGACGCUCGACGGCCGCAGUAAUGCAUCGAGCGUGACAACGCCUUCUAUGUCACCCUACACGUUUAUGAGGCUUGCUACACCGGCAGGAGAAGCAAGGCAGGGUGUCCUUGGCGAUGCGUACGGGAAUGAUAGCCCUAUUACCCCUGGUGAUGCUGGUGGUGGUGGCGGUGCCAUCGCGACGCUGUCCACGCCUUUCGAGGCGGAGGAGAGCCGAUCUGGCGGGAGCCUGCUGCACGGCUAUCAUCCCCGCACCGCCCCGUGGGAUGUGCCACGGUUGCAGCAGACAUCAUGGGAGCUGUUCAGCGGUAGCGGUGCUGGCUGCCGAAAAGGUGCCCCAGCGUCGCUGCCGACGUCUGCGGAUCCGCAUGCCUCUCCAUUCGCUGUGCUGAACUCGACGGGCCACGCGUCACUGGCGCUGGCUGGACUCGGGGACCGUGACGGCACCCUGAUGCACAGCACGAAUGGGACGAUCGGCAUACAGCCGUCCGUGGUGACGCCGGCUGCAGCGGCGAGUGCGGUGCGCACCGACUCGCUUCUCCUGUCGUCCGGUGGAGCCGUGACGGCCGCUCCCGCACCCUCGUCCCCCACCCUCAGGCGUCAUGGGCACGUGCCAACGAUGACGCACUUCGGUAUCGGGCUCGGUUUUCUCGUCUGCACGGGCCUCGCCGUGUGGCGUCUCUCGGUGGACUACUACUUUGCACGGUACAGCUUCACGUUUGGCACCAACGCCGCCCUGUGGUUCUGGCUGAUCCCGGUCUGCCUCUUGGGUAUCGCCGCGUAUGUGGUGCUCCUGGUUGGCGGCCACACGCUGCGCUGGCACGCGCUGCGGCAGCUGCAAGAGAGUAACGCUCGCGGGUACAGCAAAGAUGAUGAGGAUCAGGAGGCCGCCCGUCAGAGGGCAGCGGCGGCGGUGGCGCUGUGUAGACUUCGCUGGAUGCCGUGGUGUUUCGCCUGUGUUCCAUACCCGCACCCGGACGCGGCGCCGUUCUUCGACCUGCCAGAGUCCAUUAUUAUGCGGCCAGACGCAACGGCUCUGCUGUCUAUAUUGGCCAGUCGAGGCUCGAGGAUGGGUGCCUUCGCGGUCGAGGAGUCUGACGCAGUACCUCCCGUGGUCUUGCCCAAACCCAAGGAACAAGGCUUCUGCGAUGGUGGCGCCGAGACGGUGCGCGAUGUCGAGGUCAGGGCGAGGGGGUUUGGCAAGGACAAGGAUGGAGAAGAGGUCUUUGUAACUAGCGAUGAUACGCUUGAACCUGUAGACCACAUCCUGUGCAUGAAGCGGGCGACAGCAGAGCAGAGCACGCCGGCGCCUGGCAUAUCCGGCGAUGUGGGGAACCUCGCCGCCGCCACUGCGCUCGGCAACGUAAAGACGGCGUCCCUGCGGACCACCACCUCCGCCGCAGCGGCGGAUGUCAGCGGUAGCCCGUGCAAGCCGCUGCUGCUGCCGCCGUUGUUGCCACGCCAGCCAUCGUCGAGGCUUUUUCCCUCGGCAAUGACGUGCUUCUUCCCCAUUGGCAGAGGCAACCUCAGCUGUCCUGGCGCAUCAUCCAGCCCCGCGUCUUCCCAGCCCCUGUGGCUCUUCGCCCGGCGACUGCAGCGCAUGCGCGCUGCGGCGCACGUGUUUGCUGCGUCGCGCGCCUGGGUAGAGUACGCCGCUCGUGAGCUUCACAUCCCCGACUUUAUCAUGCGGCUGCGACGUUUGUGCGGCCUUGCGCAGCAGCGGCGGCGAGCACAACGGCGAGCACGGCCGCGCACACGCGUUGCCGCGCCGACGGCGUUGGCGAAGCGGCGGUUGUGGGCCUGUUGGCCCGGCGAGCAUGACAGCCUGGAGCGCCUGGUCGCCUGGACGUAUUUGAUCAUGUUGUUUCUCUUCUCCCAAGCCCUGCUGUCCCUCAUGUAUUUUACCUGGUCGUGGCGCGGCAUCGCCCGUGAGGCAGCGACGGCGGCCAUGUACGCCACCGACACGGCGCGCGCCGUGAUGCCGGUACCGCCAUCCUUCGUGGUGUACGGCUGCACCAAGUGGCAGCGAAGCCUGCGGAACGCGCUCUGGGUCAUCCCGCCUUUCUGCGUGAAUGGCGACGUCAGCGUCUCCUCACUGCGGCCGUCGACAACGUGGUCGACGGCGAGCCAAGUCGCGCUGCUCUUCACCCUGCUGGGUCAGCACCGCUUUCAGGUGGCCUACCUGUACACGAAUGUCGCCCUCCCCAUCGGGUUUGUGGUCUCCCUCUGCAUUUUCGCGCAUGAGGUACGGCUUCAUAUUAGGUCGCGCCGUGUCCUACGGCUGCUCGCGCUUGCCAGGUCGCGGGGGGAGACAGCGCGCAAGGCGCGUGACGCGAUGCUGUGA